AUGGCGGCCGGCGUUAUACUUUUGGUUGUUGGUCCAAAAGAGAAUUUCGUUGUUAUUUCCUCCGCUCUUUUCAGUCUCAUACCCAGAACCGAAACUGACUGCGGCGUCACUCCAAACUUGGGAAUUAUGCCUGGAGGCGCCGACGCAGGCGGUACAAGCCAGAGCCCAAGGAUUGUGCAGGCGGCACAAACCAACGGUGAAUGGCCAGGAAAAAUUCAACACUUCAGACAACCGUAG